AAAAGGAGCUGCUCUUCCAAGUCAAACUCAGAUGGAUCCACAGAUAUAUGCAUGACAUGGAUGGGGAAAAGUUCCCUUUUCACCAGAUGCUUCCUGAGGAUAGCUGCACUUUAGCUGAUGGAGUCUCAGAGCAGAGGGGCAGUCACCAGAUAAUGAUGGCUGCAGAACUGGAGGCAAACUUCCUUGACUUUAACACACAAAUGGAGUUUUUCAACAUGAAAACACCCAGCCAUGAACAUAUCGGUACUUUUAUGGAAGACACCUGCCGAUUGGAUUCAUAUGAAAAAGAAUCGGAUGAUUUAUGGUCCUCUCCAAAGAUGCAGUGUCCUCAGUUGCACAGUUUAAAUGUAAAGACACUACAAUUGGAGUCAUUGCAGUCAGGGCCCGACAAUGAUUCUUACUUCAGAAAGACGGGAGGAGAUCCAACCUUUUCAACAUCUGCCAGCAACUUUGGGACAAGUUUACAGGAACAAGACAGCUUAUUCCUCUCACCAGACAACCAGGAAUCUAUUGAAAGUAUGUGCUUUUGGGAAAAACAGGAAACCUCUGUGCAGAACGCAGAUGUGAGAAGUUCACCUCCUCAUCCUUUGGACAUGAAGGCAGAGUCUUCAAGACUGUCAAAAGCAGAUGACAUUGAGACACCGCACAAGUUAGCACAAAGACAGGUGGGCCUGCUACUCUGCCAAGUGUGUAAAAAGAGUUUUAAAACAAGAUUGCAGUAUGAUGAGCACCAGAAAACUCACACUGAAGAAAAGCCAUAUUCUUGCACUGAAUGUGGCAAAAAAUACACAUUGAAAAGUCAUCUUCAGAUUCACACAAGGAUUCACACUGGAGAGAGGCCGUAUUGCUGUGAUGAAUGUGGCAAAAGGUUCACAGUGAAAGAUCAUCUUCGAAGACAUGAGAGAAUUCACACUGGAGAGAAGCCAUAUUGCUGUACUGAAUGUGGCAAACAGUUCAGGGCCAAAAGUCAUCUUCAACGGCACAACAGAACACACACCGGAGAGAAGCCAUACUGUUGUACAGAAUGUAAUAAGAGAUUUACAAUGAAAAGUCAUCUCCAGACACACGAAAGAGUUCAUACCGGUGAGAAACCAUAUGGCUGUGUGGAAUGUGGUGAGAAGUUCACACAGAAAAGUAACCUUCAGACACAUGAAAAAAUUCACACUGGGGAGAAACCAUUUUGUUGUACUGUGUGUGGGCGGAAGUUUGCCCGAAAAAGUAAUUAUCAGAGGCAUGCCCGAAUUCACACUGGCGAAAAGCUGUACUGUUGCACAGAGUGUGGCAAGACGUUCACACGGACAAACUCUCUUCAUACCCAUGAGAGGAUUCACACUGGAGAGAAGCCUUAUUGUUGUACUGAGUGUGGCAAGCGGUUCGUAAGGAAAAGCACACUUCAGCGACACAACAGAAUUCAUACUGACAGAAAUCUAUACUAGAUGGACUGAAACAUGGAGUAUGGAAUUACUAUGUCCUGUUGAGUUACAGAACUGAGUUGUCAUGUUUAUACUUGAUUGUGUGAUAGAAAGGUCAUGUGAUUUAACUAGUUGAGAAUGGCUAUUUUAUGCUUUUCAUGUCAAGAAAACAAAG